AUGCCGGCUGCACUCCGCCAGCGCAAGCGUCCAGCUUCGCCCGACGUUGACCCAGACCCUCCAAAGAAGACCAGACAAGCCAGAUCGAAAGCAGUCAAGGCCGACCCCGACAGCGGCGCUGAAGACGCGAAGCCGAAGCAAGUGCCUGUAAAGUCAAAAGGCAAGUCGAAGGCGAAAGCGAUCAAAUCUGAGCCUGAAGACGAUGACGAAGAAGUCGAUGUGUCGGCCCCGAAAGCCAAUGGCAAAGCAAAGUCAAAAUCCGAACCGAGGAACGCGAUUCCAGAGAAUGCCACAACUGGAGGCGCUCAGUUUGCCAAAGCUGAGAAGCUUGUAAUUCCUGUUGACGAGGAGUGCUCCUACAAUGGGCGCGUGUAUGUUGACGACAGCACCGGUAUAAUUUACGAUGCUUCGCUCAAUCAGACAAAUGCCGGUGCCAACGCCAACAAGUUCUAUAAAGUUCAGCUCCUUACCAACGAGAAGGGCAAGUACAUGACGUGGACUCGCUGGGGUCGAGUCGGCGAGCGUGGACAGAAUGCUCUUCUCGGAGAUGGCAGUCUGGCCGAUGCGCUCAGGAACUUCGAAAAGAAGUUCAAAGAUAAGUCAGGUCUUGCUUGGGACGACCGCGGAAAUAAGCCGAAGGCUGGCAAAUACGUUUUCAUUGAGCGCAACUACGAGCCAGAGUCAUCCGAUGACGAGAAGGAGGAGGAGAUGCCAGAGCAGAAAGCUCAAGGGAGUAGGUCGCGGAGUAUUUCGCUCGCGAAGUGCACUCUCGACGCUCCAGUCAAGUCGCUCAUGGAACUCAUCUUCAAUGAGCAGUACAUCCAGGAGACGAUGGCGGACAUGAACUACGACGCUCAGAAGCUACCUCUCGGCAAGCUCAGCAAAGCCACCAUCACACGCGGCUAUCAGGCACUCAAGGAUCUUUCCGCUUUGUUCAACGAUCAAAGCCUGGCUCAGUCCGAGCAUGGUAUGAGCUACGCCCAAGCCGUGGAAACGCUGUCCAACCAAUACUAUUCCUUCAUCCCACACGCGUUCGGCCGCAAUCGCCCUCCAGUCAUCAGAGAUCACCAUGGCCUUAAGAAGGAAGUCGAGCUGCUCCAAUCUUUGACCGACCUCAAGGAUGCCGAUAGCAUUCUCAAAGCCGAUAAGGGUUCCAGCUCUAUUCAUGCUCUGGACUUGCGCUUCAGGAACCUCAAUCUCCGCGAAAUGUCGCCCCUUGACAAAAAGAGUGCGGAGUUUACUAACCUGUCUGACUAUCUUGUCAACACUCGUGGUCAUACCCAUGGGCACACGUAUGAGGUCCUUGACAUCUUUCGCGUCGAGCGUGAUGGCGAAUCGGACCGUUUCGAACAGUACACCAAAGCCAACAGCGAUCGUCGUCUGUUGUGGCAUGGUUCGCGCGCCACCAACUUUGGUGGUAUUUUGAGCCAAGGUCUCCGUAUCGCGCCUCCAGAGGCCCCAGUCUCUGGCUACGCCUUCGGGAAGGGGGUGUACCUGGCUGAUAUGAGUUCAAAGAGUGCCAACUACUGCUGCUCGUACAUCAGUGGUGGUCAGGCCUUGCUUCUGCUGUGCGAAGCUGAGCUGGGCGAUCCGCUCUAUGAGCUGACCACUGGUUCAUACACUGCCGGAGAUGAAGCCAUCAAGAACGGAUCUCUCUCUACCUGGGGCAAGGGCAUGACUGCGCCGUCUGUUUGGAAAGAUGCGAAUUGCGUCCAUCCUUCGUUGGCUGGCGUCAGAAUGCCCGACACCGCCACAGCUGUUGGUCAGACCAACGUGCAAAAUAUCUACUUGCAGUACAACGAGUACAUUUGCUACGACGUCGCACAGAUUCGCUUACGCUACCUGCUUCGCGUGAAGAUGUAA